GUCCAACCAAUAUCGCGUCCCUUCUUCACUUUGCUUUCUCAUUUUUUCUUCUCGUUAGUCUCUACUCUGUGAAUCAAAUCCUCGUGAACUUUACCGAAAAAAACUCAUCGACACGUAAUAAAUCUACGGACUCUUUGGGGAGAGUGAAGAGAUCUGAAAGAGUCUCCUUCCGAUGGGAACGCUUCAGUCAUGGCGUAAAGCUUAUGGAGCCCUAAAAGAUACCACCAAAGUCGGCCUUGUCCGUGUCAACAGCGAUUACGCCGAUUUAGAUGUUGCCAUAGUCAAAGCUACGAAUCAUGUGGAGUGUCCUCCGAAAGAUCGCCAUCUCCGAAAAAUCUUCGUGGCAACAGCAGUGACUCGUGCUCGAGCAGAUGUUGCCUAUUGUAUUCACUCUCUCUCCCGCCGCUUGCAUAAAACUAGAAACUGGACGGUUGCUCUGAAAACACUGAUUGUGAUUCACCGGCUUCUAAGGGAAGGAGACCCUACAUUUCGAGAGGAGCUUCUUAAUUUUUCGCAGAGAGGUCGGAUUCUGCAACUUUCUAAUUUCAAGGAUGAUUCAAGCCCUAUCGCGUGGGAUUGUUCAGCUUGGGUACGUACCUAUGCAUUGUUUCUUGAGGAGCGGCUUGAAUGCUUCAGGGUUUUAAAAUAUGAUACUGAGGCUGAACGUCUUCCUAAGGCUACCCCUGGCCAGGACAAGGGGUACAGUAGAACUAGGGAUUUAGAUGGGGAAGAACUCUUGGUGCAGUUGCCUGCUUUGCAGCAGCUUCUCUAUCGUCUCAUCGGUUGCAGGCCAGAAGGCGCUGCUAACCACAAUCAUGUUAUACAAUAUGCACUCGCUCUGGUGUUGAAGGAGAGUUUUAAAGUUUAUUGUGCUAUUAACGACGGAAUCAUUAAUCUCAUUGACAAGUUCUUUGAAAUGCCAAAACACGAGGCCAUCACUUCCCUUGAAAUAUACAAGCGUGCAGGUCAGCAGGCUCGUAGCCUAUCCGAUUUUUACGAAGCCUGUAAAGGAUUGGAACUCGCUAGGAAUUUUCAGUUCCCUGUGUUAAGAGAGCCCCCACAGUCUUUUCUGACAACAAUGGAAGAAUAUAUUAAAGAAGCACCGCGUGCUGUCGAUGUCCCAGUACCACUGCUUCUAACUUAUAGGCCGGAUGAUGGACUUCCUGACGAAGAUACUGAACCGUCUCAUGUAGAACGUGGAGUUGUGCUGUCUUCGGAUGAUGUCGUUCUUGUAUCUGAAGAGACUGAAUUUUCUCCUCCGCGUCCUCCUUCAGCCAACACUCAGUCUCAGAACAUCAUUGAUACAGAUGAUCUACUGGGUCUGAACACUGCUGCUCCUGAUGCAUCAGCGAUUGAGGACCAAAAUGCACUUGCUUUAGCCAUAAUCCCAACUGAUGUUAACCCUCCAACGGCUCGUUUUGGUCAAGCAAACAAUUAUGAUCCUUCAGGGUGGGAGCUGGCCCUGGUAACAACACCAAGCAACGAUAUCUCUGCAGCAACCGAUAGGCAAUUGGCUGGAGGCUUAGACACGCUCACACUGAACAGUUUAUACGACGAUGGAGCCUACAUAGCCUCCCAACGCCCAGUCUACGGUGCACCAGCUCCCAACCCAUUCGAGGUUCACAAUCCUUUUGCAACAUCCAAUAGCACUCGGGCACCUCAGCAGCCAGCUGUGAGCAACCCAUUUGGUGCUUACCAGCCAACUUAUCAGCCACAGCAGCAACUACAACUAGCAUUCCCAAACCCCCCAGCCAAUAAUAAUAAUAAUCCAUUUGGUGAUUUUGGUCAAUUUCCGGUUAACCCGGUUUCACAGCAGCCAAAUACCAGCGGAUUUGGUGAUUUUGCGGUGAACCAACACAAUAACCCGUUCCGGAGCACUGGCCUCCUUUGAUUGUAUUUUCACGUUUGUAUCUUCUUCAUUGGGUUUUGUUUGUGAGUAAUAGACUCCACAUGAUUUGUUUGAUCUCUGUCCUUUUUUUUGUUGUUCAUUGCCUGUAGUAAAUCAUAUCUGGGAUAUGCAUAUAUGAAUAAAUCCCUUAAUUAAUAAUUUAAAUUAUUUAUAAACUGGUCCGAUGGGCCUUUAUUCUAA